CAACCGGGCCGCCGGUAAUACAGGUUUCUCUCCCAAAUGUCAUUUAAUGAGUGGUCGAGUCUUUUAAAUGUGAAAAAAUAGGCCAUAAUGGGGUUAUAUUGUGUGAAUAUUGAUUCAUUACGGUGUUGUGUGGGUGUUUGUUAUCAGUGUGCCACCACAAGAAGUAAAUUAAAACACGAGUGAGAAUGACGGAAGACAAGGUCUACAGUAGCACACUCUCCUACCCCAAGGAGGAGGUCCAGAAGUGCCUCAUCUACCGCCUUUUCGGCCAAGUACCUGCCCGUCUCGUCCUCUACCUCCUGUCAUGGUCCGGUUUCCUCGUGUCUUUCAUGAUGCGAACCGACAUCAACCUCGCCAUUAUCGCGAUGGUCGAGGAGCCCACUUUGAGUGUCACCAACACGACUCAAGAAUACUGCUUCACUCUCGACGACGCAAACGCGACAACAGCCCCUUCGGACACGGGGGGCACCCUCAAGUGGUCAGCGAGCGUCCAAAGCUACAUUCUCGCCUCGUUCUACUGGGCUUAUGUCAUUUCGCAAGUGGUAGGAGGCUUGGCAACCCAAAAAUUGGGCACUAAGAGGGUUUUCGGAUAUGCACAGUUGGUGACAGCGUUGUGCAGUUUGAGUAUUCCAUGGGCUAGUGAGACGCAUUAUGGGGUUGUCAUUGCCUUAAGGUUCGUCCAAGGUUUCGCGUCGGGCUUGACCUGGCCCGCCAUGUACGCCCUCGUCGGUCAUUGGAUCCCCGUUCCCGAACGUAGCCGUUUCAUGUCGAGUUUCCAAGGUUUCAGCAUCGGGAUUGGUAUAACGUACCCUCUGUGCGGUUUUCUUAUCGCACAUCUUGGAUGGAGGUCUGUGUUCUACACCACGGGGUCAAUCGGGGUCAUUUGGUGCGGGAUUUGGUACCUUUUGGCCUUCGAUAGUCCCGAAAUGCAUCCCAGGAUUAGUUUGAGCGAACAACAGUAUAUUAAGGAGAAUACCGUGAAUACGUAUGCGGCGACGAGGACACAGAGUGUGCCCUGGAAGGCCAUUCUGACGUCACCGCAUGCGUGGGCUAUUGGAGUUACGACUUUUGGCCGGAUUUGGGUGCACUAUACGUUCAUUAUCCCGGGGCCUAAGUAUAUGAAGAGUAUUCUAGGGUUCAGUAUUGAGAAGAAUGGCCUACUAUCCGGCGCUCCGUUUAUCUGCAGUUACAUCGCAUCUGUGUUCUUCUGCUACAUUGCCGAUAAGUUAGUGACCCGUAAUGUCAUGUCGUUGACAAAUGUCAGAAAAUUGAUGACAGCUCUAUCUCAAGUGGUUCCUGGACUUUUGGUCCUAGUCAUUAGCUACCUCGGAUGCGACAUAAACCUGGUUUUGGUAGUAUGGUUCCUCGCCGUAACCUUAAUCACAGCCUCGUAUGCCGGCGCUAUGGCCAAUGUCGUGGAUAUUGCUCCGAAUUUCGCGGGUCCGGUCUUAGCCUUCGCUCAAACCAUCCAUAUGUCGGCAAGUUUCCUAAGCCCUCUAGCGGCCUUCCAGAUACUCAACGAGCGCGAAACCAUGAUGUCGGCGUGGCGGACUGUGUUUUACGUCACGGCUUUCGUCGCCAUCUCCACUUAUGUGACGUUUCAAAUUUGGGGCACGUCUGAAAUCCAACCGUGGAAUUACACCAACGGCGAGCCGAAUGUUACCGAACAGGAGGAACUAAUGACGGAAAAUACCGAACGCAUUCCGAAUGGGAAAAUCGACGAUCAUGUAGCGUAGUUUCGGCACAAGUAACUUAGGAGUUUUCCGAUUUUACUCUUUCAUAUUGUGAUAAGUUUAGUCAGGGCCUAGAAUAGGGGAAGGGCGUCCCCACCACUCAGCCAAGUGGUGGGGGUGGCCUUGAUGCGACAAUAGCAACAGUAUUGUAUAUUUUUGUAGGGCAUUAAUGCACACAAUCGAGAUUUUAUGACCAAUUUUCUGUCAUAGUGUAGUCUUCAAUGCAUUUAAAAAAUAAAUCGUGAGUAUUAUAAAAGUUUAACAAUUCUCAUCUCUCUAGUGGUACUUAUAUAUGUUGUUAAAUGUGGUGCCAAUCGAUGUAAGCAUUCCUUUUUUAUAUUUUUUUGCUCUAUUUUAAAUCGUUGGUUUUAUGGAAUAAUAUAUUUUUCAACUGAAA